AUGCCUUUUCAUUGCCUUCACUUACUGUCUGUCGUUUGUCCUGCUACCUGUGAAUUAUGCGGUCACUGGAUGCCCCAGCAUAGCGGCAAUUGUCCUCGCAAUGGAGUUCAUCCUUCUCAGUGGUCAAUGGACGCAAUCACCGAUAAUCAAACAUGCCGCGAUAACGAUCUUUCCAGAGACACUGCCCAUACCAGUUGCACAAACCAUUAUCCUGACGUGGCUUAUCACCAAAGCGAAUAA